AUGAGUGCCCUUCAAAAGGCGGCCUCGACCCAACACUUCAGCUCCCCAGCAACACAACACCCACAAUCACCACAACCACAACUACAGCAACCACCGCAACUACCACAACCACAACAACUACAAUACUACUACAGUCACUACAACCACAACCACUACAACCACUACAGCCACCACAACCACAACCACAACUACGACCACAACUACAACCACAGUAACCACAACAACCACCACAACUACAACUACAGCAACCACAGCAACCACAACAACCACCACAGCAACCACAACCACAACCACAACCACAACAACUACAAUACUACUACAAACAACCACAACCACAACUACAACUACAACUACAACCACAGCAACCACAACAACCACAACCACAGCAAUCACCACAACCACAACCACAACCACCACAGUCACCACAACCACAACUACAGCAACCACAGCAACCACAACAACCACAGCAACCACAACCACCACAACCACCACAACCACAACUAA